GUAGUGGCACAGAGAAUGAACCGGAGCAGCCUCCUAUCCAAAAGCGCUGACUUGAGAGAUAAAAGCUGUUAUGUAGUGGAGCGAAAAUAUGGACGAGAAUCUACAUAUUCUUCAGGAAAAGCAGCUUCUGUUUAUUUUGGCAACAUUGCUUUGUUGUUUACAUGACAAUGGUGGUGUUGGUUCAGAUAGAGUGUCGGUGUCGGUGACAGAGGGAGAUUCGGUCACUCUUUACAGUGGCGUUAAAACAAACCAACAAGAAAACAUUGUAUGGUAUUUUAAUGACGUUCGCAUCGCUCAAAUCAAUCAAGAUCUCAACAAGAGCUGUACAGAUGUCCAGUGUAAUGAAAAUACUGACAAAUUCAGAGGCAGACUGAAGCUGGAUCAUCAGACUGGAUCACUGACCAUCAUGAACACCAGAAGCACGGAUGCUGGCAAUUAUCAUCUAGAGAUUGUCAGCAGUGGUGGCUACAGUGUGAAGACCUUCGGAGUUACUGUAUACGAUGUUUCUGCUGCUAAUCAAAAGGAAACAAAGUCUGUGAAGGAGGGAGAAUCAGUCACUUUAAAUCUUGGUGGAAUGAAAAAACCAGAUGAUCUAAUGAUGUAUUUUUUUAAUGAUGCUCUUAUCGCUAAAGUCACUGGAGGUCAGAUCUGCACAGAUGUUCAGUUUGAUGAGAGAUUCAGUGGCAGACUGAAACUGGAUCGACAGACUGGAUCUCUGACCAUCAUAGACAGCAGAAUCACAGACUCUGGAGUUUACAAACUGGAGAUCAUCAACAUCAGUAGCAUCACUGUUACAAAGGGCAUCACCGUCACUAUCACUGGUAUGAUGGUGGGAGAUCCUGUCACUUUAGAAACUCCAGCAGUGGAUAAAGUUUCAGUUUCCAUAGCAGUGGGUUUUUGUGUAAUCUUUGUGUUGUUGCUCCUUGUUGACCAUCUCUUUUGUCGGCAACAAAAGACUGUGACAUGUGACUUUAAUUGUGGAAAGGAGAUUCUGCCGAUCUGAAAAUGUAUAAUUUAAUUUAAAUUGUCUGGUCCAGUGUGUUUGGAGAACUCCUUGAUGAAUGAACUCAUAAAAGUAGACAACAAUAUAAACAAACUUUUGGGACUGGUGAUGGGAGAAUCAUACAUGCACAGCUAAUGAUCUGGUCUUAUUAUGACCCAGGCAGCUGUAGUCUGUGUGUUUGCCUAAAAGUAACUGCACACUUUUAAAUGAUCAUUAGCCAAUCCGAAUCAAACUUUCAACAGGCAUCCAUUGUAAAAGGAUUAUGUCACUCUUUUCUAUGUUUGAUUAAUCCUAAUGCAGACAUUGUGAAGAAAAAGGGAAAUAAUACGCCAAAUGUUUUUUUACACAUGGAUGCCUAACAGACGUAUGUUUACAUGUUUGAACAAAAAGACUUUUUGUCUCAGGUUUAUCCAGUUUGAACGACUUGUUCAGACUCCUUGUAUGCAAAUCAUGAUCUCACUGAACUUUGACAUCUGGCCUUUUCUGUGAAUCGAGGUGUAUUUAAUUUGAAAUGCUCUCAGAAAGUAAUUGUGAAAAUGGUACAUGUUAACUUAUUUUUAUUAUUUUAUUUAACAGCCAAAAAUGUGAUUUGAUUUUUUUUCUUCUAUUUUAUUUCUCAGAAUUAAAUGGAAAGCAACUUGAAUGUUCUUUGUAUUGCAAUGCUAAAUGUCAUCAGAACAUUAACUGUCAUUAACUAUCUAUAUUUUGUACUGUCUGGAGCCAGCACCUAAGUUUUUCACUCAUCAUAGCACACGUGCUGCUGAUAAUGUGACAAUAAAAGUGAUUGAUCUGAAAUAAA